AUGUUCAAAAAUUCGCCUAUGGAGUGUCACGAUCCUUGUGCCUGCCAUCAGAUCUGUAUGUCUGCUAAAUUUCUAUCCUGGGAGCUCUUGGCUUUUAACACUAUACAAGAGAACAGCGUUGCUAGCUACAGCUACAGCCGUGAUAUGCCAGGCAGCCGAACACCUGAUCUAUUUCUCACCUGUCGACGUAGUAUCUAUCAGGCUUCAUAA